UCGCCGGAGCGGGAAGCGGCCGCUCCGCCCCCACGCCCGGGCCGUCAUGGCGCUCUCGCAGACCGCUACAUCGGAGCCUGAGGAGGCUUCGCCGAGCACCUGGCAGCGGAUGCAGGAGUCCACCCCGCCGGGCACGGCCGCGCUGCGGCUCAGCCCGGGGAAGGGCGAGCGCCGGGCCGUGGCGACGCGGCAGCUGCGGGUGCUGCUCACGCCGCUCGCCGUGGCGGGCCGGCGGCUGCCCCAGAAGCGGUUGCUGAGCGCCUACGGCGGCGCGGAGGGCACGGCCCCGGCCGGCAAGAGGCUCUGCCCGGAGCCCAGCCCGCGGAAACCGGCCCCCGCCUCGCCCCCCGCCACCCCGCCCGCGGGCAGCCCGGCGGGCAACGGCUGGGACGGCGCGUGGGAUGCGGAGAGCGACGGGAGCGAUGCGGGGACGGACGCGCCUCCGGAUGGACACUCGCAAUUAUCAGCUUAUGAAAGGAAAAGACUGAAGAACAUUACAGAAAAUGCUAAAUUCUUUGCUGCUUUAGAGCUGCAUAAGUCAGCUGCAAGACUUCACCAAAUUGCAACUAAAAGCCAAUCUCAUGCCACCAAAAGUAGUUCUAGGGCUAAGCCUAAAAAGGCAGAAGAUGAAACAGUGCGGCGAAGAUCUAUGCGCUUGCAAAGAGUAGAGCCAUCGGGAGCUCCAAUGCCGGAGAUGCCUGCCCAGCCAGAAGCAGAGGAAUAUCCUCAGGUUCCAGCCGGACCUUUGCCAAUGAUUCCAGAAGAUCAGAUGGAGAAUGGUAAAUUGACAGAAGAAUUAUUGACUACAUGGAUGAGGAUAAGUGAGAUGAAAGCUAACGAUACCGAAGAGCAGACGUGUGACAUGAAAAGAUACCAAGGCAGCCUGAACAGCAUGGGCCUCAGUGAAGAUAACGUUAAAAAGGUGGUGAAAUACCGAGUGUGUUCUAUGGCAAUCCAUCCUUCCGAAAGCAUCAUCUUUGUGGCAGCUGGAGACAAGUCCGGGCAGAUCGGUCUCUGGAACGCGAGCUGUAAGUCCGAAGAAGGAGCGCGUGUCUUCAUUCCGCACAGCUACUCGGUCACCUGCAUGCAUUUUUCUCCGUGCAAUCCUGCUCACUUGCUGUCCCUAAGCAUGGAGUCUCUGCGCUGUGGUGAUGUUACCAGAGCUGUCUUCGAUGAGGUAUGCAGAAGUGAAGAAAACUUGUCUUCCUUUGACUUUUUGGAAGAGAAUGGCUCCACUGCAGUAGUAGGAUACUGGGACGGUGGCGUUGCUGUUGUGGACAGACGGACCCCAGGGACAUCUUCAGAGCUUUCUGCAGACAUUGGCUUCAAAAGAACGAGGACAGUCCACGUUCACCCAGUGAAUAAACAGUAUUUCAUUGCUGCUGGCUCAGCGGACGUUUGUAUUUAUGAUGUUCGAUACCUGAAGUCCAACGGGAACAAGCCUGUGAGCUCUCUUAAAGGACACACAAAAAGUGUUGCUUCUGCCUAUUUCUCGCCUGUCACUGGGAACAGAGUCGUGACGGUGUGUGCUGAUGACAAGCUGAGGGUCUAUGACACCACCUCUUUGCCACCGACCAUCCCAGUUCUCAGUACCAUCAGACAUAACUGUAACACAGGACGCUGGUUAACGAGGUUCAGAGCAAUAUGGGACCCUAAGCAGGAAGACUGCUUCGUGGUGGGCAGCAUGGCGCGUCCCAGGCAAAUACAAGUCUUCCAAGACACGGGAAAGCUGUUGCACUCCUUUUAUAACAUUGACUGCCUUAGUUCCGUGUGUUCCAUCAACGUCGUUCAUCCCACUAAGAACAUCUUAGUGGGUGCCAACUCCAGUGGCCGCCUUCAUGUGUUCAAAGAAUAA